CACGCACACAUGCCCUCCUCCCCCACCGCUGCAGUGUCUCAACUGCCUUGGAGCCAACCAGAGAGGAAAUAGAACAGACAAUAAUAAGAGAGACGAGAAAGAGGGGGAGAGAGAGAGAGAGUAUGCGUGGAAGAGAGAGUGUGUUAUAGGAGAAUGUUUGACUAAGAGUGGAUUGCACACUGCUUAUCUCUCCCAUGCGAGUGUUUGUCUGCAGUAUACCUGGUGAACGGACCCUGGACGGUGAAACGGAACGGGGGCUUUCAGUUGCCUGAGACGAGGAAACAGAGCAGAAUAUAACCCAGAGAGAAGGAGGCAGACAACGCGGGAAGGACUGACGUGGAUGGCUGCAGUCACAAAGAUAGGGAAUGGCGACGUGAGAGCCAUGAGGGAGGAGAGCGAGGGGAAUUUGCUACACCUACACAUCAUCCCUGAACACUGUCUCUACUAACACCUCCCUCCCCCAUCCUGCUCCGCAAGCUUCCUAAGGGGGGUAACCCCUGAUAUGACCCCCAGCCCCCGUGGCAUCAGGUAGUCCAGCCCCAGCUCCAGGCUCUGUGUGGGCCUCCCAAUAUGUCCUGGUAGAGCUCUACGGCAACGCUAGUCGCAAAGCCUGGGAUAAACCCACAGAAGACCAACGGACAGACCCUAGACCACGAGGAUAAUUAAAUAUUCCUGAGUCAUUCCUGCUCUGUGGUUCUCAUUUCUCUCUGUGUGCUCUGAGUGGCAGGUUUGAAGGAAAGUGUCUCUCUCUCUCUCUUCCCAUCAAACCCCUGCAGCAUUAAGGAUUCAAACAUAAUCCUAUCCCUGCUCUGACAUACAUUCCUUUUUUCUUUUGCCUAGUCUCUCAUCUCUGCUCUUUUUGAUAUUUUGGAUUAUUUCGGUUUGAUCCCAGACACGCCAUUUUUGCCACCCGGCACGUUCUCUUCUGCGAUCACCACGUUUUCCUCAGUGUUCACCGCGUGGCAGACGACCAUGGGUUGCCGGCAGAGUUCAGAGGAGAAGGAGGCGGCCCGGCGCUCCCGGCGGAUUGACCGUCACCUACGCUCAGAGAGCCAGAGGCAGCGGCGUGAGAUCAAGCUCCUUCUGCUGGGCACCAGCAACUCUGGCAAGAGCACCAUCGUCAAGCAGAUGAAGAUCAUCCACAGCGGAGGCUUCAAUCUGGACGCCUGCAAAGAGUACAAGCCCCUCAUCCUCUACAACGCUAUUGACUCGCUCACACGCAUCAUCCGCGCCCUCGCCACGCUCAAGAUCGACUUCCACAACCCUGACCGCGCCUACGACGCCGUGCAGCUCUUCGCCCUGACUGGGCCGGCCGAGAGCAAAGGGGAGAUCACAGCGGAGCUGCACGGGGUAAUGAAGCGCCUGUGGGAUGACUCAGGGGUGCAGGAGUGCUUCUGCCGCUCCAACGAGUACCACCUGGAGGAUAACACUGCUUACUACCUGAACGACCUGGACCGCAUCUCCUCCAACGAGUUCAUCCCCACCGUGGAGGACAUCCUGCGCUCCCGCGACAUGACCACGGGCAUCGUGGAAAACAAGUUCACCUUCAAGGAGCUCACCUUCAAGAUGGUAGACGUGGGGGGGCAGCGCUCAGAGAGGAAGAAGUGGAUCCACUGCUUCGAGGGCGUGACCGCCAUCAUUUUCUGUGUGGAGCUAAGCGGCUAUGACCUCAAGCUCUAUGAAGACAACCAGACGAGUCGUAUGGCAGAGAGCCUGCGUCUGUUUGACUCCAUCUGCAACAACAACUGGUUCACCAACACCUCACUCAUCCUCUUCCUCAACAAGAAGGACCUGUUGGCCGAGAAGAUCAAGCGCAUCCCUCUGACUGUGUGCUUCGCCGACUACAGAGGUCAGAACACCUACGAGGAAGCAGCGGUCUACGUGCAGCGCCAGUUUGAGGACCUCAACCGCAACAAGGAGACCAAGGAGAUCUACUCGCACUUCACCUGUGCCACAGACACCAGCAACAUCCAGUUUGUGUUCGAUGCAGUCACAGAUGUGAUCAUCCAGAACAAUCUCAAGUACAUUGGGCUGUGCUAGGACUGGGGAUAGGGUGGGGGGAGAGCGGGCUGCUUGGCAGCAGUAGGCCCGCUCGCUACCAGGCACGGUACACACAAGGUCUGCCUGUCUGUCCGUCUCUUUGAGGAAGUGGAAGAAAGAAAAAGCCUGCAAGGGGGUUGGGAUUGUCAGGGACAGGCUAUAGGUUCAACCGACCUGCUUGAAAUGUUAGAGUGGAGGGUCAAAGGUCAAGAUGGGAUUCACCCAAGGUCAGCAUAAAUGUGUUUGCACUGAAUAUAUAAGUAUGUAGAGACACACAAACACACAUGUACACACACAUCCUUAUUUUUGCUCACACACAAGGACUUGGGAUCAACUGUCAAGCAUUUGUUUGACAUGGAAACACUGGAAACUGAAGACCGUGUCCCCUACCCUCUGCCUGCCAAACUUGGGAUUGAGCAGUCCGAGUUCUUUACUGUCAGUUUCAAAGUUACAUUUGUCUUUUUAGGUUGUUUGAUUUACCUGAGUCAAUGAAUGCUGCUUUGCGAGAAGAAUUUUGAAAAUCAAUAAUUUCCUUUGGAUUUUUCCCCCUUAAAAGGUGGGUUCACCUGGCAAGGUAUAGGGAGAUGAUGAGUCACAGAUGUCCUGGGAAAAUCGUACGAGGACAUGACUUACUGUAUGUCACAGGGUUUCCGUCCAUGGGAGAAAACGUCCACAAAACGUCUAAAGCUGAAGUAAAGGGUAUUUAUCUACA